AUUUUCGUUGCCUCGGGGAUUCCCCAAUUCUGCAGUUCAACAGAAAUCACAUCGAUAAGUCAAAAGAAGAAAAAAAUUCAAAAAACGUAGGUGGAGAUACCUCAUCAGUGAGGGAAUGACAAAAAUCAAUUUCUGAAAUUGAUUCAACUAAGAGAGAAACAAUAAAUUACAUUCUAACCCUCCAAGACCCUUGAACCCCCCAAAAGUUCCCAAAGCUGAAAUAAACAAGAGCAGAAAGCUCUGCAGACCCUAAACCCCUUGAAAUGCAUUCUCUCCUCGUCCCUCGUGGCCUCCCCUCUCUCCGGGUAUUAUCGCGCCUCAUGGGAAAGCUCUCCAUCCGAGACGCUUUGAACUCCGCCCUAGACGAGGAACUCGCCAACAAUCCCACAGUCUUCAUCAUCGGCGAAGAAGUCGCCCAAUACGAUGGAGCUUACAAGGUGACAAAAGGCCUCUGGGAGAAGUACGGUGACAAGCGAGUGAUUGACACCCCGAUAACCGAAGCUGGAUUCGCUGGAAUAGCGAUUGGAGCUGCUAUUGCAGGUCUCCGUCCAAUCUGCGAGUUCAUGACCUUCAAUUUCUCGAUGCAGGCGAUUGAUCGUGUGGUAAAUGCAGCGGCGAAGAAUCUCUACAUGUCGGCAGGAAGAUAUCCCGUGCCAAUUGUCUUCAGGGGACCCAAUGGCAAUGCCAAGGGAUUGGCAGCACAACACUCGCAGUGCUUUGCCGCUUGGUAUAUGAGUGUACCCGGGCUCAAAGUCAUGUCUCCAUCUACGAGUGAGGACUACAGGGGAUGUCUGAAGGCAGGAGUCAGAGAUCCCGAUCCGGUGGUGAUUCUGGAGUCAGAGUUGCUCUAUAAUAUGGAGUUUGAGGUGUCCAAUGAGGCUUUAGACAAGGACUUCAUUGUGCCCAUUGGAAAGGGCAAAAUCGAACGUCAAGGUCAGCAUAUAACCCUUGUGUGUCAUGGACAAGCUACUUGGCAUGUUAUGAGGGCAGCUGAGAUGCUCGGGGCUGUUGGGAUCGAGGCUGAGGUCGUUAAUUUGAGAUCACUGAGGCCUGUCGAUUGGGCAAUGAUUUUUGAGUCCAUUGGAAAGACUCAUCGACUUAUGGUAGUCGAGCUAGGGUGGCCUAGAUGUGGGGUUGGAGCUGAAAUCUGCUCCACUGUUAUGGAGAAUCCAGUUUUCUUUCAACUGGAUGCUCCUGCUGUCAGGUGUACUGGCAUUGAUGUGCCCAUGCCGUAUUCGGAUAAGAUUGAGUAUGAAUGCACACCGAAGGACCAUCAUAUUGUCGAGUAUGCUAAGAAGAUUUGUGGAAUUAAGAUAUGAAAACCUGAUGCAUUUAUUCUUCAGGGUCUUUUGAUGGCCAUUUUUACUGUAGCUCAUUCUCUUGAAUGGAGAGACCGGCGAAAAUU